AUGCAUGCACAAUUGCAACAGGCCAUCAUACCGUUGAGUACAAUCUCCAACUGUGGUCAUUCGUCGACACUGAACAUAGCACAAAAGAAUACUGCAAUACCUUUGCCUUUGGAAACCAAUGACGGCAAGGACAUGGUCCACUUCACAUCACUACCGCACCCACUAAGGGACCAGAUUUACAAUGUUGCAUUGAUCAACCACGAACCCAUAGCAAACCAUAUCCACCUUGACCGCUAUGAGAGGGCUACCCGAGACUUCGACCUCCAUCCCGCCUACGCACUACUCAAUUAUCAAAGCCUGAACUCUGAGUAUAGCGCUCGAAGCACGCAAAAUCCUCUUCCGCCGCAACGCUUUCCUGGUAUAUGA